GGCCACGCCCCCUCAGGAGGCUGCGGCGACGCGCGCAGGCAAGAAGGGGGCGUAGACCGCGGUCGGCGGCGCGGAGGGGCGGAUGGAGGGGUGCAGGAAGGGGCGGAGGGAAGGCCGCAGGGAGGAGCGCAAGGAGGAGCGGAGAGAGGGCGCAGGGGGCAUAGGAAUUCUGGGUACGACGUGCAGGUCCCUACGACGCAGGUUAGUACUGGACUUCGUGGAGCGGGGAGAAAGGUUGCAGACUCUCGGCCCCGAGCAGGAAACCUAAGUGCCGGGAAGUUAAUAGAGCGGUCCUUUGCCUGGCGCCUGAACCUCGCCAGUCUUCGUCGCCCCUCCCCUGCCAACGCCUACCCCGCUCAGACCCGAGGGUGCGCCGUCCCUCUCGUCAGUGUGAUCACCGUCCAUGGCCGCCGGCGAAUACCCAUGCCGCACUCAGAAGAGGGCUCUGAGGCCAUGCCCGCCGGUGGGGGCUGUGGCCGGACUUCCGAGACAAUACGGCGGGCGUCGGACGUAGAUGCAGGAACUAGAGGGGAGAGCCGCAUGUCCCUGGCAUGUUUGCCUUGCGUUAGUAAUGAAGGGAUCGAAGAGAGUCUCAGUCUUCCAGGCUUUUCCCUUCCUGUGAGCCCCUUUGAAGCCAGCACAUUUUUUUUCUUUCGCAGAACAAUUUCGGACCUCCUGAGUCUACGCUAGGUAUAAGGUGUAUCUUUGUCCUCAGUCAAGUAGCAAAGAUAGACAUGUGAAUAAAUUUCGACACUGUGAUUGCAACAGAAAGCAGCAUUAUGAGGUUGAAUGUAAAAGGAUAACAUUAGCGGCGGCAGGGGCCGGGAGAUGAGGGGAGGCUUCCUGAGGUAGGCGCUAGCGAAACUGAAGUUGGAGAGAGCAAGUGACAUUUGCUCAAGUGCGUGUCCUAUAGAAAAAACUCCAGUGGUCCCUGACCUGACUGACUGGCGCAGUCGGAGAUAAACGGAACGGGUACACUAACCAGAAAGGGCAAGAUGGGCUAAACUCCGCCCUUGGGCCACACUGGGCUCCCCCGCAGAAAUUUAAAGGGCUAGCCAUUUCAUGGAUUUUGUUUUGUUGUAUUCGCAAUUUAUUUUCAAAUAUGUAAUACAGGAACUUAGUACAACAUUCGUGUGAUGAAAAGGUAGAUACGGGGGCAGGAUGCGGUGCGUCACGCCUGUAAUCCCAGCACUUCUGGAGGCUGAGGCGAGCAGAUCACUUGAGGUCGGAGUUCCAGACCAACCUGACCAAUAUGGUGAAACCCCGUCUCUACUAAAAAUACCAAAAUUGCCGGGCGCGGUGGCUCAAGCCUAUAAUCCCAGCACUUUGGGAGGCCGAGGCGGGUGGAUCACGAGGUCAAAAGAUCGAGACCAUCAUGGUCAACAAGGUGAAACCCCAUCUCUACUAAAAAUACAAAAAUUUAGCUGGGCAUGGUGGUGUGUACCUGUAAUCCCAGCUACUCAGGAGGCUGAGGCAGGAGAAUUGCCUGAACCCAGAAGGCGGAGGUUGCGGUGAGCCAAGAUCGCGCCAUUGCACGCCAUCCUGGGUAACAAAAGCGAAACUCCGUCUCAAAAAAAAAAAAACCAACAAGGUACAAUUAUCAGCCGCUUCACUCUGUUCUUUCUAGCUGUAACCAUUGUUCCCCUUUUCUGGUGUAUCUUUUCAGAGUCUACAAAUAAACAUUUUAUAAAGAUGGUCCUUCGGCCGGGCCCAGUGUCUCAUACCUGUAAUCCCAGCACUUCAGGAGGCCGAAGCGGGUGGAUCACCUGAGGUCAGGAGUUUGAGACCAGCCUGGCCAAUGGGGAGAAAACCUGUCUCUACUAAAAAUACAAAAGUUACCCCUGUAGGGCUGUUGGGCCCCACAGGGUCGUGGUGACCCUUAUGCUGUGCUGAGGUGCAGGAUCCAAGAAGCAAAGAGACAGGACACUGGUGAAGAGCAUCUGGACUUUGGGGGCCAUGCCACCUGUGAGUGGAGAUCAGCGGAGGUCCCAAAUGCCCAGAAGCAUCUGUAUUUAUUAGGUACAAGCAGAGGGCAGGGUCAUGAGUGAGGUCAUCAUCUAUAGGCUUAGUAAUAGGGCAUACAUAAUCACGUGAGUCACAAGUGAGGGGGCCACCCCAUUAUGUCACUUGGGCAGAGGGGUGGGCUGUGAGAAGUAGGGGGCCUCUACAGUAGUAGAGGGUCGUGUACAGAAAAGGGGUCCACCCCCAUUAGGUCACCAAGGCAAGGAGGUGGGCUGUGUGUGACAGGUGUCAUGCACAACAUUUCUUUUCUGGGGGCUGGAGACCUCAAAGGAUUUCUAAUAGAAGGAUACUGUAAGCCAAUGCAGUGGGAGCUGACAGACUUGUGCUCUUCUCUUAAGAUAUUUAUGGGAGGAUGAUUUGAGCUAGCACAGAAGUGAGAAAAGACUGACAGGGUGUACAGCUGCCAUGACUGGUCACACCAGAGGGGUUCUCCCUCAGUUAUUUUCUCAGUCCUGAGGCCUACUUUCCACAGGAACUGGAUGCAAGGUACUACAACUCCUUUAUCAGGAGGAGAGGCUCUUGCUCCAAGCCUGCCAUACAAUGUAUGCCGUUUCAGGCAGGGACGCCACCCCCUGGGUCUUUGGUUCUUGUCCUGGUCUGGCUGUUUUCCCAUGUACUGCUUCUGUUAUGUGACUGCUCUAGGCAUUCCUCCUACUACAAACUACUAUAUGGUUAUAUAGAAGGAUUCUAUAAAUCAGUACUAAAUGUCAGUACAGCUCUGACUACAAUACCUAUAUGAGUAUAGAAAGAUUAUAUAGGUGGGCGUGGUGGCUCACCCCUGUAAUCCUAGCACUUUGGGAGGCUGAGGUGCGUGGAUCACCUGAGGUCAGGAGUUCAAGACCAGCCUGGCCAUGAUGGUGAAACCCCAUCUUUUCUUGUUAAAAAAUUAAAUUAAAAAAAAAAAAGAAAGAAAAGAAAGAUUAUAUAGAACUAAGUAUGCUAGAUAUAAGUAUUAAGUAUGAUUAUAUAAGCUAGGUAUAUGUAAGCAGUAAGUUAUACCUCAGGUACUAAUUCUAGAAACUAAUAUAUGAUUAUAUAUAAAGGAUUAUAUAAAGGAAAUAGCUGAGUAAUAACUCUAUAAACUAAGAUAUUCUUCAGACACUAACUGUGCUUGGGGUCUGGACAAUUCUUCCUUGGUGCGCAUAGGGGGUGUUACCCACAACCCUGGCAUGGUGGCAUGUGCCUGCAGCCUAAAAAAAAAAAAUGUGAGAGGCCAUGAUCUACAGGCAGCCAUUAAAAAGGUGGAUUGGAGUCAGGCACAGUGGCUUAUAUGUGUAACCAUGGCACUCUGGGAGACAGAACGGGGAGGAUCGCUUAAGCCCAGGAGUUCAAGACCAGCCUGGUCAACAUGGGGAGACCCCCAUCUCUACAAAAAAAAAAAAUAGCGAGGCGUAGUAGUGUGCACCUGUGGUCCUGUGGUCCCAGCUACUCAGGAGGCUGAGGUAGUGGAGGUUGCCCACGUUCUGGCCACUGCACUCCAGCCUGGGCAUCAAGGUGACAUGACCAAAAAAAAAGUGAACUGGAAGGAGGCAAGAAAGAAGGCAAGAAAAGGAUGGAAUUUAAGUCCCUAGGGACACAAUCUAUCUUACUCACAAUUGUAACUCCAAUAUUUGGCAUAGUGCCUAAUACUUAAGUAUUUUAUGAAUUAAUUAAAUGAGAACAAAAGCCUAAAUUAAGGCAAUGACAAUGGAUAAGAAGAAACCAAUUUGAGAAAUAUCUAAAGGUCAGAUGUAGGGCUGAUGGCCCCACAGGGUCGUGGGGUGAGCCUUAUGCUGUGCUGAGGCGCAGGAUCCGAGAAAUAUAAAGAGAAAGGACACGGAAGUACAAGAAAAACGCAGCUGGGCUUGGGGGGCCACACCACCUAUAAGCAGAGUCAGGCGAGGGCCCGAAUGUCCAGAAGCAUGAGUAUUUAUUGUGUAUAGGUUAGGGGGCAGGGCAGUGAGUGAAAUCAUCUUUAAGGAUAGUGAUAGGGUCGUGAGCAAUAAAACAUGGGGUCCACCCCCAUUAGGUCACCUAGGGCAGGAGGUGGACAGUGCACAGCAAGGGACCUGUUCCCACGAAGGCAAGGGUCGUGCGCAGUAAGGGGUCCACCCCCAUUAGGUCACCGAGGUUUGAAGGUGGGCCGUGAGUAGUGUGCAAUACUUCUGUCUAUGGUCAAACUACUUCUAAGAAGAUUUAUAGGAGGAUGCUUUAAGUCACACAGCAGUGACAGAGCUGUCAGGGUUACUGCCACCUUCUGGCAGCUUCCAAUGGGUUCUAUGGGAAGAUGCUUUUCAAGCAGCACAGUAGCAAGAGCUGAUAAAGUUCACAGUCACCAAGGUGGAUUACCCUUCUGAAAGUAGCCUUCCACAAGAACUGGAGCAAGGUCCUACAACUCUUUUAUCAGGAGGAGUGGCUCUCGCCCCAAGCCUCCCAUACAGUGGGUAUCUUUACGAUACUGAACGCUGCCAUCUGGGCCAUGGAUUCUUGUCCUGCCAUAACUGUUUUUCCCUUAAAUCAUGCUCUGUACUGUGUCUGCUCUAGGCAUUCCUCUGAUUAUAAGCUGCUUAUUCCUUAAUUCAUGCUCUGUACUGUGUCCACUCUAGGCAUUCCUCCGAUUAUGAACUAAGAUAUAAUUAUAGGUAUAUAUGUAGGGAAAUAUUCUUUAGGCACUCAUACUAUUAACUAUUAUAUGAUUAUAUAUAGAGGGUUAUAUAAAGGGAUUCUUCAAGCCCUAUUUCUAUAAACCAAUAUAUGAUUAUGUAAAGGAUUAUAUAAAAGGAAAUAGCUGAGUAGUAACACUAUAAAGUGAGAUAUUCCUCAAGCCCUAACUGUGCCAGGGUUCUGCUUAGCUCUCAUUCCUCGGUGCCUAUAUGGGGGCAGGUGGUUACCCACAGUCAGAGUCAGUGGAACUUAGUGACUAUAAUCGUUAAUUUUAUUUAUCAGCGUGGCUAGGCUAUGGUACCCAUGUUACUCAGUUUUUGGUCAAACGCUAGUCUAGUUGUUGCUAUGAAUGCAUUGUUAGAUGUGAUUAACAUUUAAAUCAGUAGACGUUGAUUAAAAUAGAUUACCCUCUGUAAAGAGGGUGAGCCGUUUCCAGUCAGUCCAAAUUAAGAAGAGACCCUUAGGAAGAAGCAAUUCAGCCUUUAGACUGCAGCAUCAAAUCUCCCUGGGUCUCCAGCAUGUUUGCCUACCCUACAGAUUUCAGACUUGUCAGGUCCCAGAAUAAUGUGAGCCAAUUCCUUAAAAUAAAUCUCUUUCUAUAUAUA